CCGCUGAGCCCGGCCGCUAAGGCUGCCGCCUGCACCGGACGCUCGACCCGCUCGCGCCGGCACCAUGGAGCGCCCCGAAGCGGAAGAAGUGAAUUCCAGUGAAUGUGAAAAUAUGGCGGGGAGAAAGAAAAUGUCAGAAGAAUUUGAAGCCAAUGCUAUGGAUUCUCUGGUAGAUAUGCCACUUGCUACUAUAGAUAUUAAAGAUGAUUGUGGAAUCACUGAUGUACCUCAAGUAAAUUUGGAAAGAAGUGAAGAAAAUGAAUAUAAAGAUCAAAUAAAGAAGAAGAAAAAAAAGUACAAAGACUAUCAACCAAACUAUUUCCUAUCCAUUCCAAUCACCAACAAAGAGGUUACAAAAGGAAUUAAGAUCCUGCAGAAUGCAGUAAUACAACAAGAUAAGCGCCUGGCCAAGGCAAUGACCGGUGAUGGUUCCUUUCAUAUUACCCUGUUGGUGAUGAAGUUAAAUGACGAUGAAGUAAACAUUGGUAUUGAUGCUCUUUUGGAAUUAAAACCAUUCAUAGAAGAAAUCCUUCAAGGAAAACACUUGAUUUUGCCCUUUGAAGGGGUUGACACGUUUAGAAAUCAGGUUGGAUUUGUGAAGCUGGCAGAAGGAGAUCAUAUGAACCCACUUUUGGAAAUUGCAGAGGCUGCAAAAAGGACAUUUCAAGAAAAAGGGAUCUUGGCAGGAGAAAGCAGAAGUUUUAAGCCUCAUUUGACCUUCAUGAAAUUGUCCCAAGUACCAUGGCUCCGGAAGGUGGGAGUGAAAAAAAUAGACCCCAAAUUCUAUGAAAAAUUUAUCAGUCACAGAUUUGGAGAAGAAAUGCUACACCGCAUUGAUCUUUGCUCCAUGCUGAAGAAAAAGCAAAGUAAUGGUUAUUAUCACUGUGAGUCUUCCAUUGUGAUUGGUGAUAAGAAUGGAGGUGAGCCUGAUGAUGCUGAACUGGUAAAGCUCAGUAAGAGGCUGGUGGAGAACGCAGUGCUCAAGGCUGUCCAGCAGUAUCUGGAAGAAACACAGAACAAACACAAGCCAGGGGAUGGGAGCACUGUGAAAACUGAAGAGGCUGAUAGGAAUGGCACUGACAAUGACAACAGGAAAUGAGACCCAAAUGCAGGCAGGCUCCUCUGCUCCGUGAGAAGCAUCCCUGCUCCCCUCUGCUGAGUCAGUGGACUGAUUUGCAAUGUGCUGUUUAAGUGUCUCUUGUCCAAUCUGUGGAGGUUGCCUAAUGCUUUCAUGAUCAGUGUGUUUGCAUUUCUGAAACACAACAGAAGAAAUAUGGAGCGCUGGGACUAGCAGAGGAAAUUAAUUUAUGAACGAAGAAUGGCCCAAGUUUCACUUGCCCUGGGCCAUGGCCAAGGGAGAGGGGACUUUGGGUUAUGCCUCAUGGACUCAAAGGCCGUGGAAGGGGCCUUGCCAUAACUGGAAUACUGCCAUUUAUAUUGCUUAGCAGGGCAUUUGACUACCUUAUCUGAGGCCAAAAUAUACACACAGCUAACAAGUGCUAAGUUUCAAAUAACCACUGUUGAAAUGAUUAUUCACACUCCAUAAUGUUUUAUGUUUGUCCUAUGUAUGCAGUCGCUAUGGAGUUAACUUUAUUUACAGUCAAUUUGUUUCAGGUAAAUAAUAUAUUUUUGGCAAAAUGCAACCUUUUCUAUAAGAUGUGGGCCACAUUUUAAAGGUUUCUUGUUAACCCUCUUUUGAUCAGUCGGUGUGCCACAUUUAAUGUUUUUCAUUGGCAUUUGUAUGUAAAAUGUAUUGUAAAUUUUUUUUUUCUGUAGGCAAGAGACCUAUUGGAAUCCGAGACUUAAUUAAUGAAGCUUUGCAGAGAGAAAGGAUGGUUCUGAAGUCCAAAGUGAAACAGAUAAAAGAACUUUUAUUCCAGCCUGAGACUCAGGCCAAAAUUAGAAGGGAGCUUU